UUCACCCCAUUAUUUCUUUCUUUUCUGCUGUUUCACUCUCACCUGAAAAAAAGCAACAAACGGAUGUACCCUCACCUUCCCUUUUCUCCGCUCUUUCUCUCCCUCUCAUAGCAAAUUCCAAGACCACCCUCUCUCCUCUCCUCUCUCUUUUCUUUGCUCACUCUCUCUAUUUCCCUUUGGCCCUCCCCCUCCCUUUUCAUGUUUCCCCCUCCCUCCAUCCUCUCUUUCCCUCGCUGGUUCAGUUAGUCAAAGAAGAGAUUCACGGAGGGAGAGAAAAGGGGGGAAAGGCAGGACGAGAGUGAGAGUGCAGGAGUGGGGCAGGCUGGGGAGAGGGGUGUGGGGUCUCAGCCCUCUGUCGUGGGGGGUUGAGGGGGUUGAGAUACACCCCAGUAUUUUGUUUUAAGUACCAUGGACUGCCUCUGCAUUGUGACUACAAAGAAGUACAGGUACCAGGAUGAGGAGACGCCCCCCUUGGAGCACAGUCCAGCACAUCUGGCUCCAGGGAAAAGUGCCGAGAUGCUUCAUAUGAGUGACAAGAACCUUGCAGCCAUGGAGGCCAUACAUGGUUACACGCCACACACACAUAUCUCUCCUGUCAAGCCUGUGUUGAUGUCUACGGGACACACUCCAAUGUACACCUCCGCCGUAUCCACACUGGGAAAUACUCCUCCAGUGGUGGUGAACACAGACACGCUCGAUGGUUCCCCAUAUGUGAAUGGGACAGAAGGGGAAAUCGAGUAUGAGGAGAUCACACUGGAGAGAGGAAACUCAGGCCUGGGCUUCAGCAUUGCAGGGGGGACAGACAACCCCCAUGUGGGUGACGACCCCAGCAUCUUCAUCACCAAAAUCAUACCUGGAGGGGCCGCGGCUCAGGAUGGACGGCUGAGUGUGAACGACUGCAUCUUAUUUGUGAAUGAUGUGGAUGUGCGGGAGGUGACACACAGCCAAGCCGUGGAGGCUCUCAAGGAGGCAGGUGCUAUCGUCCGCCUCUACGUUCUCCGCAGGAAACCCGCGGCGGAGAAAGUCACCGAACUCAAACUCAUCAAAGGGCCUAAAGGAUUGGGUUUCAGCAUCGCCGGAGGGGUGGGAAACCAGCACAUACCGGGUGAUAACAGCAUCUACGUCACCAAGAUCAUUGAAGGCGGAGCGGCUCAUAAAGAUGGGCGUCUGCAGAUCGGGGACAAGAUCUUAGCGGUGAACAAUGUGUGUCUGGAGGACGUGAUGCACGAGGAUGCGGUGGGGGCUCUGAAGAACACAGCCGAGGUGGUGUACCUCAGGGUGGCCAAGCCCAACAACCUGUUCCUGACCAACUCCUACAACCCUCCAGACCUCACCAGCACUUAUUCCCACAUGGAUACUGAACUCAGCCACCCAAAUUACCUUGGCUCAGAUUACCCACAAGCCCUCACUCCCACCUCACCUAGUCGGUUUUCUCCUGUUCUGCAUGGCAUGAUGGGAGAUGAUGACAUCCCCAGGGAGCCUCGCAGAGUUUUGAUCCACCGGGGCUCCACAGGUCUGGGAUUCAACAUUGUCGGGGGAGAAGACGGAGAGGGAAUCUUUAUCUCCUUCAUCCUGGCAGGAGGGCCAGCGGACCUCAGCGGCGAGCUGCACAAGGGCGAUCAGAUCCUCAGUGUGAACGGCGUGGACCUGCGCAUGGCCACGCACGAACAGGCAGCGGCGGCACUGAAGAACGCCGGCCAGACGGUGACCAUCAUCGCUCAGUAUCGACCCGAUGAGUACAGCCGCUUCGAGGCAAAGAUCCAUGACUUGCGGGAACAGCUGAUGAACAGCAGCAUGGGCUCGGGGACCACGACGCUAAGGAGCAACCCGAAGAGAGGCUUCUACAUCAGGGCUCUUUUUGACUACGACAAGACUGCGGACUGUGGCUUCCUCAGUCAAGCACUGGGCUUCAGGUUUGGGGACGUGCUGCACGUGCUGGACUGCGGAGAUGAGGAGUGGUGGCAGGCCCGGAAAGUCAGCCCCCAGAAUGAGGCAGAAGAGGUCGGCUUCAUCCCCAGCAAGCACAGGGUGGAAAGAAAAGAGUGGUCUCGCGCUAACACCAAAGAGAGGGACCAUGGUCGAGACAGCUUGGGCACUCUAGGGAGAGAUAAAACAUCACAAAGUUAUGAGACAGUCACCCAAGUGGAAGUUCAUUACGCGCGGCCCAUCAUCAUUCUGGGUCCUGUGAAGGACAGGAUAAACGACGACCUGUUGUCUGAGUUCCCAGAUAAGUUUGGAUCCUGUGUCCCACACACCACGCGGCCCAAGAGGGAAUAUGAGGUGGAUGGACGGGACUAUCACUUUGUGUCGUCACGGGAACAGAUGGAGAAGGACAUCCAGAGCCAUCGGUUCAUCGAGGCCGGCCAGUACAACAGUCACCUGUAUGGCACCAGUGUGCAGAGUGUCCGCGAGGUGGCAGAGCAGCAGGGGAAACACUGCAUCCUGGAUGUAUCGGCCAACGCUGUGCGCAGACUACAAGCAGCUCAGCUUCAUCCCAUCGCCAUCUUUGUGCGGCCCAAGUCACUGGAGAAUGUCUUAGAGAUCAACACUCGCCUGACGGAGGAGCAGGCGAGGAAAGGAAUGGACCGAGCCCUCAAACUAGAACAGGACUUUCUAGAGUGUUUUUCAGCUGUCGUGGAAGGGGACAGCUUUGAAGAGGUCUAUCACAAAGUAAAGACAGUGAUCGAGGAGCAAUCAGGGCCUUACAUCUGGAUCCCCACUCGGGAGAGGCUGUGAUGCUGCCCCCUGCCCGGCCGCCCUUCCCUCACAACCACCAACUGACACCACCCUUCACCCUCACAGCCAAGCCAGCCUCGCCUGCCUGCCUGUCUGUCCUCCAGCAAAGUCAGUGCUUAGGCAAUCACUGAGAAUGACACAGAGAGACAAAUGCAUACUAAGACAAACACAGAAACAAGUGACACACACAGGAAGUGACACAGCGAGGCAAAGAAUGAUACCAAAAAAAAGAGAAGAGACACUGAGACAGAUGUGAACACAGUUAUGUGUAGUGAGGCUGACAGACUGAGAGGAAAGACUAAACCAGUAUUCUACUUUGAUGAGGCAGGACUGAGUCUUUAGGUCCCGUUCACAUAUAGCAUUAAAAUGCAUCUUGGUCACAAGUGGACAGAUUUAAAUACAGGUAUGAAUGCAUCCAAAACUGGGAAUGCGAAUGUCCUAAAGGCAGUUGAUUUAGCAAAGCCAAACAGUUGAGUUUGAUAGAUUCAGGUUGCGGUUUCUCAACGGAUAAAAUCUCGUAUGAAGCGCAAUCAAAUCACAAGUGGCCACUUGAGAGAUUUUUCUGAUGCAUUUUGAUGCCAGGUGUGAGUUGCAGUCCAUGUCGUCUGGAUCUAGACACAAUCCGGAUAUACCUGGACACACGAGACGUUAGGUCUGAGCAGGGCUUGAAAGAGAGUAGAGGGACGGACGUAUUAAGACCACCUCACCCUCCCCGCCCCUCGGACGCCUCACGCUGAACCCCCCCGCGCGCCUAUGUCUGAGAUGGAGGUGCCCAAAAAGACACCGGCCCCUCCUUUUUAUAUCAGCUCCUGGCUUUCUCCUCCUCCUCCUGUCAGCUCUGCCUUGUUUCACGACAGGAAAGGGAGAAGACAAGGACAAGGAGCCCAGGUCUUACUGAGUCCUCCUUGACCAGGAGUCCCUUCUUGGCAAAGAGUCCUCUUUUUGUGUGAAUCUCCUCUCGGUUCUGGGUGUGAACUCAGACUCGCACCCCAGUGACCAAGGCUGACAUUUGCUCAGUCGCCCAUGUUGAAUAUUGCGAGGCAUUAUUUAAAAGCAGUUUGAAUAAUUUUAAUGAUUAAAAAACAACAACUCAUAUGCUGAAUUUGUGCAUGCAUCCUUAAAGACAAUGGAGACAGGAGAAAAAAAACAAUGGAAAAAUCUGACUUAAAAAAAGACAAAUAUACCAUGAAAAGAAA